AUGCGUGCCUUCACCGCUAUCUUCUCCAUUGCCGCCCUCGCUCUCGGCGUUGUCGCGUCUCCCGAGCCCUCGCCUGAGGCGGUUAACAACUUCGAGCUCGUGAAGCGCCAAUGCAGCAGCGGCAGCGUGCAAUGCUGUAACAACGUCCAGUCGUCCAGCAGCACGACUUUCAACCGCAACUCCUAUCUCCAGCUCCUGUUCCUGGGCUUCACCCCGGACCAAAUCAUCGCGCUUCAACAGGCCCAGGCGAGUAACAACGGCGUGGCCGUUGUUUGCUCGGGCUCUGGCAGCGUGUCAUGCAACCAGCAGAAUGUCUGCUGUAACGGAAGCCACUUCAGCGGGCUCAACGUCCAGGCUUGCAACGCGGUAAACGCGUGA